CGCGCUCCGCGCCCCCUUGCCUCGCCUGCCUCUGCCUGUCUGCCUCUGCCUCCAGUGGGGCGCAGCAAGGCCGCAGCAGACGACGGACCAGGGUGUCCUCUGCCUCCUUUCCUGUCACGGCUCCAAUACUGACUCACCGAGAGGCCGGACGGCUGACGGUGGUCCGCGCUGCGGGUCGCCAUGGCGGACGGCGGGUCGGUGCAGAUGUCCACCACCGCCAAGCCCACCGACAGCGACGACUCGGGGGACUGCCGCGUCCCGGUGCAGGGCUACGAUGUCCACAACUCUGGCGACGACGGCAACUCCGGCAUCAUCGAGGUGGUGGCCACGGUCGCCUCCCUGGUGCUGCUGGUCAUCACGCUGCCUUUCUCCCUGCUGUUCACCUUCAAGGUGGUGCAGGAGUUUGAGCGCGCCGUCAUCUUCAGGCUGGGCCGCCUGAGGUCGGGCGGCGCGCGCGGGCCCGGCGUGUUCUUCGUGCUGCCCUGCAUCGACACGUACUGCAAGGUGGACCUGCGCACCGUGAGCUUCGAUGUGCCGCCGCAAGAGGUGCUUACCAAGGACUCCGUCACUGUCAGUGUGGAUGCGGUAAUCUAUUAUUACAUCAAGGAACCUCUGAAUGCCGUCGUUAGAGUCAGCAACUACAGCCACUCCACCCGCCUGUUGGCGGCCACCACCCUCCGCAACGUGCUGGGUACGCGCAACCUGUCCGAGAUCCUGUCUGAGCGGGAGGCUAUCUCCCACAACAUGCAGUCCAGCCUGGACGAGGCCACCGACCCCUGGGGCGUCAAGGUGGAACGAGUCGAAAUUAAGGACGUCCGGCUGCCGGUGCAGCUGCAGCGCGCCAUGGCGGCCGAGGCCGAGGCCGCCAGGGAGGCCCGCGCCAAGGUCAUCGCCGCCGAGGGGGAGAUGAAGGCCUCCAGGGCCCUCAAGGAGGCCUCGGACAUCAUCUCGGAGAGCCCGUCUGCUCUGCAGCUGCGCUACCUCCAGACGCUCAACACGAUCUCGGCCGAGAAGAAUUCGACCAUCAUCUUCCCGCUGCCGCUGGACAUCAUCUCGCCCUUCCUGAAGGGCUUCGCCGGGCCAGCGCGUUCCGAGUAACAGCAAUAGUGGGGCCGCCAGGACGUCGCCCAGGACGUCGCCCAGGACGUCGCCCAGGCCUACGCGCGUCAUCGCGGCGGAGUAGGACGACAGCGUGUCGUCGCCGAGUCGCCAUCGCGGGGGAGCAAGGAACAAGGCCAUGCAGGCCGUGGUCAUGCGGCCGAGUCAUUGAUCGGCGUGCUCAUGAGCACGGCACACGGCACAGCCAUUGCGGCCGGGCCGGUGAGCAUCCCCCUAGGACCACACAGUGACCGAAAGGGAUUGGAGAAACGGGAACUGGAAGUACCAUUGUUACUGUAGUCUGCAGAUUUAUCGGUUGAGUUUUGAAAAUUUAUUCAUAAUAAUAUAAAUGUGUUGGUGGUUUUCCACGGCUUUAUUGCACUGCACAUUUUUGCAAUUCUCUAGUCAUGCUGUGAAAGUUGCUCAUGUUCUCUCAGUGUUUAAAACGUUCUCUGUUUUCUCCCUCUUUACAAAUGUAUGAUCUCUCUCCAUAAGUUAAUUUAGUUUAUUUGAACAAAACCGCCAGAAGCUUAAGACUGUGUUAUAAUUCAUACAUACAUUGUUUUGAUUGCUGAAACUUAUAUGGACUGAUCAACCCAAAUGUAAAAUAGGUUUUGUGAUUUUAUUUGCUAGCACAAUUUGUUCCGGUGUAGGGUUUACUUACUUUCAAACUACUUGUGGAUAUUGGUCCUAAUGUUACCAAUGGUUCCCCUUUUGACCGAGAUUCACAAUGUCAAAGUUGCGACAUUUUAAUGACAGUUAUAAAUAAUUCCUAUGAUCCAAGCACGUCAUUGUCAGACACUUGCAGAGAUAGUAAUCAGAAGAGAACUUUUUUAACUUUUCUUUAUUAUCUGCAUAGUUGUUAAAUAUUAGGUAAAUAAUAAAUCUGAAAACCUCACUUCAAUUAUGCACCAAGAAAAAUUGAGCUUUUUGGUUUAGGAACCUAAUGCAUCAAUAUUUAAGUGAAAAUUUACUUCUUAAAUGGAGUGCAUAGUUUCCAAAGCCACAAUUUUAACAUUACAUUGACGGUGCGGGGAACAACUAGUGUUUUAUAACUUUUGUAAAGUGUGUUUGUUCGUUUGUUGUUGGUAUUGUUUUAAUUAUAUAGGACAUAAAAAGGAUACCAAACCUUGACAAUUAUUAGAAAUUCAAUAAAUAUUUAUUUCUGUUUUUUUUUUCCAAAACACUGACACAUGUAAACAGAAGUGCAGACAAGCAUAACAUGUGAAAUCUACUCCAAAAUAGAAUAAUACAAUGGAAUAUGUGAAGUUGGUGUGUGAUGUUUUAGUAAUACAGGCUUUGAUAAUUUUUUCAAUUUUGAAGGUAAUUUUCUCAUUUGCAUGUUUAAAUUAUUCUCAAAUUGUUGUUACAAGUUACCUAGUUAAAUACAAGUCAUGAAAGGCUGAGCCUCUAUGACAAAAGAAAAGCUGAGUGGUGCUGUAAAUAGUGAUUGUUACACAUACAUGAAUAAAUGCACUCUCAAGAUUUCUUGCACUGUAUAUCAACUUUUACAUCUUUCCAAAAACUAUGUUUAAAUCUUUGGAAGUCACAUAAUAAUAUAACUUUAGUGGACAAAAUUAUCAUGCAGCACAAAUGACAAGUGGUUAAUUAAAAUUAGCGGAAUAGGUAUACCGAAACAAAUGAACGGCCCAGUCAAGUCAGUGAAUUUACUUAUUAACCAAAAACAACUGUGUUCAUCGACCCAAUAGUUAAGGUGCCACUCACUGAAAACAAACCCUUGUGCGCUAAGGAACAGUUUUAUAAAAACAUGUCAUAUU